AUGCUUCAGGUAAUUACCACGCUCUACGCAUUCUCAAUUCUUCCAAUCAUUACAGCACUUGCUCUCGUCGCGCCCACUCAACGCUCCGAUGACCACCUGAUCAAUGGCUGGACACCAAAGCCCACCCGCGGCCCCAAGAUCGAGAUCCGCGCAAACGGCUUAGUCCUCCGUCAAGACUCAACGACGAAUACCUGCGGUUACUACAUCGCUUCCACAGACUUACUAUUCGCAUGUCCCAGCCGCUCAGAAUGCGCGUAUUCAUCCAGCUGGAUGGGAUGCUGCCGCUUCCAGGGCACCUCGACCUCGUCGUGCUUCUUGCACAGUAGCUGCUUCGACUCCACAGCCGCAGGUCGCUGUACCGGUGACUGCACCGACAAUUCCUUCAACCUCGUCUGCACCGACUCCGACACGCCGUACUGCUACACCAACGUCGUCUUCGGCAGCGACGCGCAGGACACGAAGUCGUACUCGUACUUCGACUGCCGCUCCUCGCAGGCCCUCUCCGUUGUCUACCCCAUGGACAAGGCGGCGCCCACGACCACCGGCGCCAGCUCAUCGUCAUCCGAGGCAGCCUCCUCGACCUCCUCGUCUUCGUCUGCAGAACCCACGUCAUCGUCAGAGCCGCCGCCACCUCCGCCUGCCUCGACAACUUCCGCAGCAGCACCGCCCCCGCCGCCCCCGCCUGGCUCUACGUCGUCGUCGGCUGCGGUGGCUCCGCCUCCGGCCUCCUCCUCCUCUUCCUCCUCUGCUGCGCAGCCUGUACCGCCGACUGGCACCACCGGUGCGUCCACCGCCGGCGCUACGCAGUCCGGUGGCGGCGCCACACGCUCUGGUGGUAAUGAUGGUAGCGGUGGGGGUGGCAGCAGCGCCACUCCAUCGAGCGCCGGCGCAGAAGAGAACAGCGGCGGCGGCAGCGGUGGUGGCGGCAACCAUACCGGCGCGAUAGCGGGCGGCGUCGUCGGCGGCGUGGCGGGCUUGGCGGUGCUCGUGGCGGGGCUGGCGGUUGCGUUGAGGUUUUGGAGGAAGAGGAGUCAGGCGGAGAAGGAGGAGGGGGAGGAGGGGGGUGUGGUGAGGGAGAUAGCGGUGCAGUGA